AUGGCUCCCUCUGGUCGUCAAACACGUCUUACGGUCACAAAUGGCCUUGUUGGGUUAGUGCGCCCAUCUCCUCCCUCCCCAGUGCCCUCUGUUGGCGCUGGUGCUGCUGAUGUGAUUUCAGACAAAGAGAGUGAACAGCGUCAAAAUGCUGUUGGUAAGACUGCUCUAACACUAGGUAUUGAGACUUCUGUCACAUCCUAUCGGGCACUGGCACUCUCUGUCAUUAAAGAUUGCCCCCUGAAGCGGGAGCUUAUUGCUUUCGUCGAUAGCGAGACAGAGGACCCUCAAAAGUCUCUCGUCCCUAUCGGCGAUUUUGUUGCUGACAAGGAUAGAGCCGAUUGGCAUACCCAUUGUCCCGAGAUGAUGAGGCUAUGGAAGGACUUUUGCACCAAUGUCACCGACGCCUCCAACGGCCAAGUUGCUAUCAACGAGAUGGCAGCGCCUUCAGGCCCCAAGAAGUCCAGAGCCACGUUCCUCUGGCACUACCCGACCAAGACCUCCCCCAAUACGAUCUUCUCGCACGUCAUGGACCCAGGCAGUCCAAGUCUGAGAGUGCAGUCGAUCAAAAACGGGAUGAGGACGGAUCUGAAGACUCUGGACUUGAUUCCUAUUAGAGUUGAUUACAAGGUAGAAGGCCCUCAGUGGAAGGAGACUUACGGAAGCAGGUGGCCACAGAUCUACCAAGCUUGUCUCGACCACGCCAAGGAGCUUAUCAAGGAUGACAGGUUCAUCUUUGCCGUUGGUAAAGAGGUGUUUGCACCCCUGAAGCAGAUCUGUGGGUCUCUCGGGCUAACACUAACAAACCUUGACCUGGACGUCCAGACACAGAUGUGGGAAAAGAAACCCCGUAUCUACAUUGCUCGCAAUUCAGCUGGCAAUAUAGAAAAGGUAAUCUUCUGGACGUUCCAUGGUCAAUUUAGCUUUCACAACAAGAAGACCAAUGUUGGGGCAGUGUGGGACUUACUUUACAAUGCAGGCUACGAACUUGCUGGGGUCCCUGUCCUGAACUAUGGCUACUUUGAAUGGAAGGCUGGUAACCUUGACACCCGUGGGUUGGCUGAUCCAAAAUCACAGGUCGGAAAGAUUUCUGAUCGUGAUAUGUACAAUACCCUCAAAGACAAAGAGGACGCAGAGGGCAAGUCCUGCACUAUUGAACUAGUGCUAGACUGCUUUCCUGCACUUAUUCAGAUGGACCCUGAGCUGCCUGACAAGAUCAGGUCAGCGGUGAGUGAGAAGGGCUACAGUCCCAUUCAUCCCAUCCUUCUAUUCUUCCAAGCCCAGGAUCGUCCAAAGUAUCUGGCGGCUAAGCGAAAGAACGCUGCUCCUGCUACUCAUGCCCCGCGCAAAAGACGUGUUAACGCUGGACAGAAGAGAGGUCAUGAUACCAAGAGAGCCAAGCUUCUCUCCAAGUACGACGCCCUCCUCAAUUCCUUCGAGGCUCGCCAGGCUGAGGCCCAUCGAUUCGAUACGAACAAAAGCGCCGAGUAUGCCCGUGCUCUCCCCAGACUCGAUACUAUUAAGCAGCUUCGAGCCGAUGAAGAGUGGAAGAAGUUGAGCACCAGUCUUAGUUGCUGGGCCACCUUCUACUCUGAAGAAUUUCCACGCGGAUUACGCUGGUCUCUCGAUGGCGGUCCUGCUAUCGUCCAACCGGAUCCUUUUGCCAACGCGACCCAGCCGGGGGUUAGGCUCUUUGACGCGACCUAUUUCAGGGACAAGUCAGCGAGACUCGCCGCAGUUGGACCUCUUGUUGAGGAUGACGAAUGA